GGCAUGUGUCCCAUCAUUACCCAGCAGGCCUUUGGGGCGGGAGAACAUUAAAGUCAACCGCCGUCCCUGCAGCCCACGCAGCCACACUGCAGGUCGUAGCUAGCCGGUUGGUAUCAGUGCACUGAAAUACUCAGUCACGGUCGCUAACAAUGAGCGAUAACGUGAAAGGAUACAGCGAGCGGGAGUCUCGCUCUGGAUCCAGAAGCCUAAGUCCACGGGGCUCUGGGAAGUCGGCAAGCCGCUCCCCAGCUCGCUCCCCCGCCCAUUCAAAAGAAGGAUCCCGCCACUCCCAUUCCAAAUCUAGAUCUCGAUCCAGGUCAAAGUCUAGGUCUCAUUCCCGCCACGGCUCACGUAGACACUACAGCCGAUCUCGCUCCCGCUCAAGGUCCUAUCGGCGCAGAUCUCACAGUAGAUCCUACAGCGGAGAGCGUCGGCGCAGGAGCCACAGCCGCUCACCCAUGUCCAACCGCCGCAGGCACAUAGGCAACCGAGCGAAUCCUGAUCCAAACACGUGUUUGGGAGUGUUUGGCCUGAGCUUGUACACCACAGAAAGGGAUCUGAGGGAAGUCUUCUCUAAAUACGGCCCCCUGGCGGAUGUUUCUAUCGUGUAUGACCAGCAAUCGAGGCGUUCCAGGGGCUUCGCUUUUGUUUACUUUGAGAACAAAGAUGACGCAAAGGAGGCAAAGGAACGAGCCAAUGGCAUGGAGCUGGAUGGUCGCAGGAUCAGGGUGGACUUCUCCAUCACAAAAAGACCUCACACCCCAACCCCUGGAAUCUACAUGGGCCGUCCCACAUAUGGUGGAGGAGGAGGAGGCCCAAGCGGACCUCGGCGCAAUUCACGUGACUACGACAGAGGAUAUGACCGGGGUUACGACAGAGGUGGUUACGAUCGCUAUGACGACCGGGAGUAUUACAGAUCGUACAGGAGGCGAUCUCCAUCACCGUACUACAGAGGGGCUUACAGGUCUCGCUCCAGAUCACGGUCUUACUCUCCACGUCGCUAUUGAAAGCCCCGCCUCCCUCCUCCUCCUCCUCCUCCUCUUUCCAAAGCUCAGACUGGGAGUGUUUCUGAUUGGUUUGAUUGAUUUCUGAACGGAUCAUCUUUCUUAAGGUGAUCGUCACUCUUCUCUUUGCUCGUGUACGUGAUCAGUUCAUGUUUCCUCAGAUGGGUUGUGAAGCGGUGUCAUUGAGAUGACCCAGGCUGUUCUCAUGUUUUUAAUUUUAAAUGUAUGGUUGACAUCAGCCAUUAUCAAUAUGUUAAUGUUUUAUUUUCUUCUUUUUUGUAUACAAAUUUAGAGGAAUUCAUCUUUGAACAUAUUAAAGGAAGAUACAUUUUUUUA